CCCGAAUAUAACGUCAGGCUACCGUCUUCCCCCGAACAUAACGCACCCUAAAAAUGAAUGUAUACAAGCUAUAUUUCCGGCCAGGUAUGUAUGUGGAAGAAGACGAAGAGGAGGAGCAAGGGAGGAGGAGGAAUAAGAGGAAGAAGAGGAGGAGGAGGAAGGGGGAAGGAGGAAGAAGAGUAGGAGUAGGAGGAGGAGGAAGGGAGGAGGAAGAAGAGGAAGACGAGGAGGAAGAGAAGGAGGAGGAGGAGGAGGAAGAGGAGGAGAAGGAAGAGGAAGAGGAAGGGGAGGAGGAGGAGGAGAAAGUGGAGGAGGAGGAGGAACUUAUUGCAGAUUUUCAUAAUUUUCAUCGUAUGGGCUUAAGUCUGUCUUAAGCAGCCAUUAGGACGAAUUGAUUUCAUCGAUGGGCCUUGAGGCGUCUUGAGCAACAAGAAAUAGGGGUAGGCAAAACCUUAGGAAUCACAACCGAAGAGGGGUGUGGGGGUUUGUUGGGAGAGGGGGGGGGGGGGGGGGGGGGGAAAAAAAAGGGGGUAGGGAGUUACAAAAAAAAGCUUAAAAAAGACUUGAAAAGGGAACAAAAAAACUCCACAUUC